UUGAAAUGUCAAUUUUCACAAGUGAAUGGAUUUAAACCAUCUGAAGAAUGGCUUUGACUGUAAAAGAGGCAGACUCCAGGCCAGAGGCGUCUGAAACUAAAACUGUACGAAAUGGCCAACACCAUGAUAAAGCUUCUGCAAAUAUAAAUGAAGUUAAAACGUCGAGAUCUGAGAGUUUUUGCAAAGGGCUUGCUGUCGUAAUUGUUAUGAUAGCUUUUGUCUAUCACUUGCUACGUGGCGCCCAAGAGGGGAGUGACAGCUGCACACGUCUUUUGACCAAGGGAGAAUGGAAAUCGAACGAAAUGUGGCAACCUUUUGGUUGCAUGAUUCAUCAAUAUCACAGAAAAAAGAUCAAGACGUGCUUGAAAAACAGGCCACUGGCCUUGAUUGGUGAUUCCAGAAUAAGAGAUGUGUAUUAUUUGUUGCUCCAUGAACUGGGUGGCACAGAUGACAGAGCUAAGAAAAAACGGCAUUAUAAUUUGUCAUAUACUGGCCCGGACAAUGUCUCUAUAAAUUUCUUUUGGAUGCCAGAAGUCAAUUCAUCUAUGGAAAACUUAUUCAAACAUUGGCUGAAGCAUUCAGUUGGUCGACCAAGUUUUAUUGUUGCUGGUGCUUUAUUGUGGACAUUAAAGAAAGACAAACACCUCUUGGAUGAAUAUAAAAUGAACUUUACCAGAGUCAAAGACGUCAUGAAUUCACUUGGAACUGUUAAUGAUGGCGAGUUUGAGAAAAUGUUGAAAGCAUCCAAGGCUUUGAAAAUUAAAGUGAACACAGAUGAAUUUCCUAAAUCUCCUGUGAUUGUUUGGAAAUUGCAAGAACCUGUUGAUGAGUUACAAUUGAAUGCAGCAAGAAGAUCUAUCACAGUUGAAAAGAUCAAUAUCUUUAACAAUAUGGCUGAAAUUGCUUUGUAUAACACAUCUGUAAAGGUCUUCAAACCAGGAAUGCUAGUCAAGAAAGAAGAACCCUCUUCAACAAUAGAUGGCAUGCAUUAUAUAAAUGAGGUUGUACAAUGGGAACUGGACAUUUUGUUAAAUCGUUUUUGUAAUGCAUACAUCAGACCAGUGGAUGCCACAUGCUGUGUACCCAGAGAACACACAACGCAACUUCAGUAUAAUUCUUUUGCCGUCUUUGUAGCUUGCACCUUGUUAUUUCUUGUCAUGUUCUGUUGCCGAAAUUGUCGUUCAUCCCAAGUGACACAAAAUGAUGUUGAAAGCAAUGGAAACCAACAGAAAUCAACUUGUCAAUGGUUUUGGUCAGAAAGAACGUACUGCGUCCUUAAAGCGAUGGCCAAAUUAACUUUAAUCAUGGCGUAUUUCUUUGUUUGUGACAGAACGAGUAUUUUCAUGAAGGAACAUAAACAAUAUAGCAACGAAGUCGUAGCGAUCACGUUGGUCAUCUUUCUUCUUCUUGGUGCCUACACUUGGUCGUCAGUGAAACAGAUUGCGUUUUUGAAUCGUGACCAAUCGGAUGAAUGGAAAGGCUGGGCGCAGUUGAUGAUUCUUCUGUAUCAUUAUAUCGGGGCCAGUAAGGUUCUGCCAUUCUACGUGUUUAUUCGUCUGCUGGUGGCAUCCUAUCUCUUCAUGUCGGCCUACGGUCAUUUCACGUACUUCUGGAAAAAAGGCGAUUUUAGUUUAUACAGAGUUUGCCAGGUCGUUGUUCGUAUAAACAUCUUCGUCGUUGUCCUUUGUCUUAUCAUGGGACGUCCCUAUCAAUUUUAUUAUUUUGUUCCUUUGGUUACGUUCUGGUUUUUUGUUCUGUACGUAGUCCUCUUGUUCUAUCCUUCCGUUACUGCUAAACUAGUGGAAGAUGAUCCAAAGUACUUAACAUGGAUAGCUGUGAAGCUUCUUUUUAUGUUUACUACAACGUAUUUAGUUUGGAAAUCACCGGUUAUAUGCCGAUGGAUAUUCUCUCAGUGGGCCAUCAAAGAACUGUUUGUUGAUCAACAAGAUAACGUCAGAGAAUGGAUAUUUCGAACAAAUUUAGAUCGUUAUAUGGUCACGUAUGGCAUGUUUUUUGCCGUGAUUUAUCAACUAUCACGUAGUCAUGGCAUCAUCGAAGACAACAACACCAAGAGAUUGUUUCCACGAGCCGUCUCCUACCUUGUCAACUUUAUGUGCUUCAUGACAAUCAUGGGUUACUCUAUACAAGCUUAUGGCUGCCGUGACAAGGUUCAGUGUAACGCCGUUCAUUCUGUUGUCUCGUUUCUACCAAUAACGGCGUUUCUUUUGUUGCGUAAUGUCAGCGGUUUUAUGCGUUCACAUUUCAGUACGUUUUAUGCUUGGGUGGGGAAGAUAUCCUUGGAGUUGUUCGUUGGGCAGUACCAUAUCUGGUUAGCGAACGACACGAAGGGUGUUCUGGUCCUUAUUCCUGAGCAGCCUUUGUUGAACUUGCUCGUUACCACGUUUGUCUUCGUCUGUGCCUGUCACGAGGUGAACAAAAUAACAGUCGUGCUGUCUGAGGCGCUGGUUGCGAAAGACGUGCGGGUUAUGUUAAGAAGACUCGUAAUAUUUAUUAUUAUGUUAUUUAUAAUUUGGUGGCAUAAAACUCACCACGAUAAAGGCAAAAUUCGUUGAUGUGUGUUGAUACCGUGGGUAAAGAUCUCUGCAGACCUCUGGGAUUUGUGAUGCAUAUUCUUCUUUUGAUAGAUGUGAAGAAGUGGACACCUGUUUUUAGAUAGCGUAGUUCAUAUAAGAGUAUCUAUCAAUGUGGGCGUUUAUAACUAACUUCAGUAACUUGCUCAUUCGCAUCUGUCAAAGGAGGAAAAUAAUGCCUGAAAUGUACGACGUAAACCCAGAUGGUUUGAUUUCUGCCGGUGGAUCCAAGUUGCAUUUUCUGCCAUUUCUGCCUUCGUAAUUGUAUAAUCUUUCGAUGUUGUAAUCGCAAGUAAUUUAAGGUAUUGCAAAAUCAAAAUAAUCCUAAAAGCUCUAAAUCUAAAUCUUAAAAAAAUGUAAAUAUAUUUAUUUUUA